ACUCAAUUUGUUUGAAUUGAAGUCUUUUCAUUUCGUCGAAGCAAAUUUUUAUUAAUUUAUUGUAAAAACACAAACAAAAAUGUCAGACGACGAGGAAAUGAUCGAUUUGAGUCAAAUGACAACACAAAGUGGCACAUAUAAAAAUUCUUAUGAAAGUCAAGACACCGCAGAACAUCAACCCGAACCAGAGCCAUGGGGAAAACUCAAAGUAUAUAAAGUUGAACGAAAAAGAUUAGGCAUGGCUGUUUGGGUUCCCAAGGAAUUGAAACUAGUCGGUACAUGUGAUUUGGUGAAAGAAAGGACAACGAUUGGUCGAAAAGGUGACCUAAACGUUUGCGGUCUCAUAAAUGACACUAGAGACAACAUACCAAAUGACAGGUUAAAGGAAAUAUCAAGCAUCCAUUUUUCAAUCACAAAAGAAGAUGUGAACGAUCAAUAUUGUCCAGUUAUCAUUGAGGAUUUGUCAACGAACGGGACGUUUGUUAACCAAGAAAAAAACAACAUUGAACUCCAGAAAUGUGAAAAUUUCCAGCGAAUCGAUGAGAAGAUCAAGCGACGAAUACUUGGCCACAAGGAUUCUAUUUUUAUUCAAAAGCAUCCAACAAUAUGCUUUGAGUUUCUUUUAUUGCAAUCGAUUGCACAAGUUUUUCCGGAAACUAUACAAAAUGAUAUAUUCAAAGAUUAUCACAUUGGCCGUGAAUUGGGUAGUGGUGCAUAUGGAAAGGUGUAUUUUGUACAAAAUCGUAUAACGUGUCAGCCAUUUGCAUUGAAAUAUACCACAAACAAUGGAAAUGAGAACAAAAUCACUGAUCUUCUGAAAGAGGUUUAUAUUUUAGGGCAACUAAAACAUCCAUGCAUUUUACCAUUGCACACCGUUAAAACCUAUGUAGAAUCGGUCGUCAUUUUUAUUGAGUAUAUGGAAGGCGGUGAUCUAUAUAAUCGUAUCAAAAGUAAAACGUACCUUUCUGAACCUCUGACAAAAUUCAUUUUGUAUCAAAUCCUUUGUGGUGUUGAAUAUAUGCAUGAACAACAUGUAACACACCGUGAUAUAAAACCGGAAAAUAUUCUUUUGGCAACGAUAGACGACUAUACAUCGGUCAAAGUAUCAGAUUUUGGUCUAAGCAAACGUGUGACCAGUUCAAAUGGAAUUUUAUCAACGCAAUGUGGUACACUCCGUUACCAAGCACCCGAAGUGAGAAGAGCGAAUUACACAAAUAAAGUGGAUAUUUGGAGUCUUGGUGUAAUAUUAUAUCUUUGUCUUUCCGGACAAUUUCCACCACAUUUAAAAGAUGAAUUAAAUUUCAACGAAAAAUGGGAUGAUAUUUCGUAUGAGGCUAAAAACAUCGUUCGCGAAACACUAAAAUGUGAUCCAAAAGAACGUCCAUCAGCGAAAGAACUCUUAACCAGCAGAAGCUGGUUUUCUAAAGAAGAUGAAAUGGUUAUAAAAGCUCAUAAAACUAUGAACGAAAAGAAUUGAUUGUAUCUAUUUAUUUAAAUAAAGUGUGUUUUCCGAAUA